CGCUCCAGCCUAGAGGCGGCUGGAUUCAGUCACCGCCAGGAACUCGUCGCGAGCGUGCGCUGCGUACCGCCCAACGAUCCUAGUCUCGGGACGCGUUCCAUAUUUAAAAAUAAAACCCUAUUAAAUUUCGAACACGUUACAAAAACUUACGUUACUGUUUUGCAAGAAAUAAUAGCACCCCGUUUUAAUUUUUUUAAGUGACUGAUACGAUUGUUUUGUUACUUUUAGUGUGUGUUUGAGACUAAAAUGUAAACUUUUUUUAAAGAGUGGAUAAGUGUUUCAAGAACUGCUUUCGUUUGAUUUGACCGUUAGGUCGCAACUUUACGACGUAAUGUAACCCAAUUCUCGAAAUAAUGGAGCACCAAUCAUCAGACGAAGAUUUUUAUAGCAUAUGCUUGAACAUGACCUCUGAUGAACUUAGCCUCGGAGCAUGUAACUACAGCAAUGAAUAUGAAAGUGGAGAGCUACUAGAGAAAGUCGUGUCCAGGGUUGUACCAAUUUUCUUCGGCUUCAUCGGAAUCGUUGGACUAGUCGGCAAUGCUUUGGUCGUGUUGGUCGUCUCCGCCAACCCUGGCAUGCGAUCGACCACAAAUCUCCUCAUCAUAAAUCUCGCAAUAGCUGAUCUCCUCUUCGUUAUUUUCUGCGUACCUUUCACAGCCACGGACUAUGUAAUGCCAAGAUGGCCUUUCGGCGACUGGUGGUGCAAAGUUGUGCAAUAUUUCAUAGUAGUGACCGCCCACGCGUCAGUAUACACCUUAGUGCUAAUGUCAUUAGACAGAUUCAUGGCUGUGGUACAUCCAAUAGCAUCAAUGUCGAUCAGAACAGAGAAGAACGCGUUACUAGCGAUAGCUUGCAUCUGGGUGGUGAUACUAACGACAGCAAUACCUGUAGGAAUAUGGCACGGGGAGAGAGAGUACUCUUACUACCAUAGAAAUCAUUCGUCAUGCGUCUUUCUAGAAGAGCAGGGUUACAGCAAGCUGGGCUUCCAGUUGUCGUUCUUCCUAUCUUCAUACGUCGUGCCGUUGGCAUUGAUUAGUUGUCUGUACAUGUGUAUGUUGAUCCGGCUGUGGAAGAGUGCGCCGGGGGGGAGAGUAUCUGCGGAAAGCAGGAGGGGGAGGAAGAAAGUGACCAGGAUGGUCGUCGUGGUAGUUGUGGUGUUUGCUGUGUGCUGGUGUCCUAUACAGAUAAUCCUGCUAGUAAAAGCGCUGGAUGCGUACAGCAUCAAUUACUUCACGGUGACGGCGCAGAUUGUCUCCCACGUGCUAGCCUACAUGAAUAGCUGCGUCAACCCGCUGCUAUAUGCUUUCCUAUCCGAGAACUUCAGGGUAGCCUUUAGAAAAGUGAUGUACUGCCCGCCAGCCCACAACGACGGCAUGUGCAAUCGGCCGCAGCCCACCAAGACCACCCGGACCGGCAAUGGGAACUCCUGCCAUGACAUCGUCUGAGAUUCGGUGCGCGGGCGUCGCGCCCGGGAAUCCGAACAAGCUACAGUGGUGUAAACAUAAAAAAGUAAAAACAUUAGUAAACAAGUGUAAACUUAGGUAAACAAGUGUUGAUGCUAGAUGCUAAUAGUGUAAAAAUGUACAAUAAUUUUAGAAUAGGUUGAGAAGGUCCUUUUGAAUUUGUUAGUUAGGCUAGAUGUGGGUGUGUGUUCCGGAGUCGAAAAGGCUAAUGGCGUCCUGAGUAAUUUUCAUGGAAUCACUUUUCAUUAAAAGUAUCACUGCAAAUUAAUAGCAAGUUCCGUUGUAAGUAAGAUAUUGUUUGUAAAAUACUGGACGGAUAGUAUAUAUUUUUAUUUUUUACAAGAAAAAUGAAUAUAAUAUUUAGUACGGACAUUAUUAUUAGUUGGUAGUUGUCGACCCUUCCUUUUUUCUAUAAAUAACUGUACUAAUUAAGGUAAAUUAUAUGAAUUCAUUAGCAUUGGUUGAUAAAAACUGAAAUAAUAGG